AUGAAGAACAACAUUGCGGAAUUCGUGGCUCAAUGUCCAAAUUGUCAACAAGUAAAAGUAGAGCACCAAAAGCCCGGAGGUUAUAUGCAGUGUAUAGAACUUCCAAUUUGGAAGUGGGAUAUGAUCAACAUGGAUUUUGUCAUUGGUUUGCCUCGUUCAUUUUGGAAGUUUGAUUCUAUAUGGGUAAUUGUUGAUAGACGGAUUAAAUCAGCGCACUUCUUGCCGAUCAAGACUACUUAUACAAUUGAAGAAUAUGCGAGGUUGUAUAUUAAAGAGAUAGUUCGUCUACAUGGAGUGCCAAUCUCUAUUAUAUCGGAUAGGGGAGCUCAAUUCACUGCAAAUAUUUGGAAGUUAUUUCAGAAGAGUUUAGGAACACAAGUGAUACAACAACAAUUAACAACUGCUCAAAGUCGACACAAAUCAUAUGCGGAUGUUAGAAGAAGAGGACUAGAAUUUUCAAUAGGGGAUUGGGUGUUCUUAAAGGUGUCUCCAAUGAAAGGGGUAAUGAGGUUUGGUAAAAAAGGGAAGUUGAGACCCCCAUAUAUAGGGCCAUAUAAGAUUAUUCGAAGAGUUGGCCAACUAGCCUAUGAGUUAAAGCUACCACAAGAGCUUUCAUCAGUUCAUCCGGUGUUUCAUGUCUCGAUGCUUCAAAAAUGCAUAGGUGACCCAUCUCGUAUUACUCCUACUGAAGAUGUACAGGUUACGGGAGAUCUCACUUAUGAAGGAGUACCCAUUGCAAUUCUGGAUCGACAACUUAGGAAGUUAGGAAAUAAAGAAGUAGCUUCUGUAAAAGUAUUAUGUAGGAACCAACAAGUAGAAGAAGUUACAUGGGAAGCAAAAGAAGCAAUGAAAUUGAAGUAUCCUCAUCUCUUUCAGAUCCAUGAGAAAUAUGGAAAUGCUUAG